AAAAAAUGGAACACCUAUCAUUCACCUAUAUCGCUUCUCAAUGGACCGAUACUGAUAGUAUUAUCUCCUCUUAUAGAAAAAUUUGUAAACAACUUGCUAUCUGUCAAGAAAAGUUACGUGAAGAACGUGAAAAAAAAGGACAAAAGAAACUCAGUAAAUGUUCUCAGAAAGCUGCCCAACAAUCACUACAAUCUCAACAUGAAGAAAAUAAUAAUGUUUUAAACUUUAGCAACAAACUCAAACUACAGAAAGAAGUUUCUGCUUUACACGCAGAAGAAAAGCAUUUAAUUCGUAUAAAGAAUGCUUUAUGGAGAAGUAUGGGCCCAUCAUUUUGUGCCAGAAAAGAGAACAAACUUGUUUCUUCAAAAAGUUUAGAAUGUUCUUCUCCAUACCAAAGAAAAGAUGGACAACAAAAAAAAUGUCUUACCAAUGCAACCCAAACUCAUUCAUCAUCAUAUGUGCCACGAUAUAAUCGUUCUCUUCAAAAUCGUAGAAUUCAACGAAAAAUAAGACAUGCAAGUACAAUCAAUUCGUAUAUAAAUUAUUUUAGGCACUUACCAAGGCAAAACACAAAUGAUCCCUUCGCAACCCAUAUCUUUAAUGGGACUAAUUUCUGAUUAUGCUCGAUAUUUAACUCCCAUUUUAAUUCAAACGAUCCAAAAUUCGUAAUUUUAUUUAAUGGCAAGACUCGAAUAUUAUUGGCAAAUCUAUCGCACCCUAACAAUACUCAUUAUCGGCAAAUAUAUCGGCUUUAUAAUUUGUUUUACGAUGAAUGGAGAUUUCAAUUUAUUUAUUUUUUCUCAUUCAAACAACUGUUACAACUUUCUUAUUCGGUUAAGAUAAAUAUAAAAAAAUUUUUAUUUCGUAUUUUUUUAUUCUAUCUUUAUUUAUUCGGAAUGUCAACAAUCAACUUGUAAACAAAUAUUUAUUUAUUUUUUGACCUUUUUAUGGAGGA